GCCAUCUGUCGGGGAUAAUUUUCCUUAAUCCUGCAUCUUUAAUGUUUUACACUUCAUCUUUCCCUUUUAUGUCAUUCUUUAUCAUUAUAUUACCUCGACAAUGAAUUCUUAAUCGGCCUCGAUGCAUUUUCAAGGAUGAUGAAGUGGUGAAGUGGUGUUAAAGGACGUGAUAGAGCGUAAGGUAGACCUUCUGCUGUCAAUGGUCAGAGCAAACAUGGCUUCCUCCAGCAGAGGAAUACAAAUUGGAUCAGCGUGGUUUCAAAGAAAAAUCAAGCUCCGACCACAGCAUAGAGGGAUUCAUUUAGUAACUGACGAAGUCCUGAAGGAAAUUCCUGAACUCAGACAAUUUGCUGUAGGCCUACUACACGUACAGAUCCUCCACACAUCAGCCAGUUUAGCGCUGAAUGAAAACUGGGACCCUUACGUCAGAGAUGACAUGGAGAUGAUGCUCAACAAAAUAGUGCCUGAGGGGAUGCCUUACCGACAUUCCUGUGAAGGCCCUGAUGAUAUGCCGGCCCAUGUCAAGGCUUGCUUCAUAGGUUCCUCUCUUACGCUGCCCAUUUCAGAAGGCAAGCUCAACCUGGGAACUUGGCAGGGAAUAUGGUUAUGUGAACACCGAAAUGAAGCUGGGCCUCGAAAGAUUGUUGCGACUAUAAAUGGGUGCUUACGAGAUGGCCGAACUCCUGUCUCUCCAAUGUCCCCAAUGGCAUCAACGAGCAGCUAGAAGAACCCCACACGGGCAUCUUAAGGCUGUGCACUCCUCUCUUCCUUGCCAAUGGGAUAUGGGCUGAGUUACAACAGUGCUGAAGAAAAUUAAGGCACAUACUGGUACAAACCCAUUAAGAAAAACUUGUGGUGGAACCUUUAUUCUUCAGUGAAGGAUAAUGUUACAAUGCAAAACUUACCACAGCGGUUUUUCAGUUGUGAUUUUUCAUACUUUUAAUGAAACGUGUAUAUCGAUUGACUUAUGUAGCCAUAAAGCUUUGGCAGUUUACAUUUCUAGCACUAAAUAUCCUCCAGGGUCCCAGACAAAUAGAAACUCAAGGCAGUGAAAGCCUUGACCCUGAAAGAAAGAACUCCCAUUAAACAACCUGUUAACGCCCCGCAUAUCAGCAGAGACGACAACUUCAGGGUGUGUAUCAGGUUUCUUACCCUACUUCGGGCACCAGCAUAUGACAGUGUGGUCAGAUUGACAUUCGUGGACCUUACAAAGUCUUUCCAUAGAGGUUAAUUUCCCAGCUGUAUGCAAUGCAAAACUUACUGUAAUUGGAGAGGAGGAGGUAGCUAUGCAUCCAGUUGGAGGAUAUUUCUGUCUGAGGUUACCAGCAUUGGCCAUCUGUACCAAUCCUCAGAGAUAUAAGUUGUGACUUGAUCGCUUUCUUUCACUUUGAGUAUGUAUGGUCUACUGAAGAAAUAUUUAGUCUUCUUAUCUGAAAAAUACUAGCCAAUUUAUCUGGACGUACUCUCAGAAUUGACAGUUUACAAAACAUUAAAGAAUUGUACAGUGCUACUCAAGCUGAAUCCGCUCAUUGCCUAAAUAGCGGCCUGGUCAAGUCACUACCUUACCCUUCAUCAAUUGGUAGCCGCCUCCCUCUUGCCAUAUGUAGGAGCAUUUGGGCCUUUUUAUUAUUGCACUCAGAUGGUAUGGUUGGCUUAUCUAUAUAGAUUUAUAAGUGUAGUUGUUAAUUCACCAAUUUUAAAAACUUGUGAACUUCAACGAAGGAACCUCACAUGUAAAGAACUACUUUGUUUGAUUCAUUAGAUACACUGCCAUUGAAGGAAAGUAUUUGUGCUCUUUUCAUUGAGCUUUGUGGUACUCUCUUAGCCGAAUUCUUAGAGGAAACCUCAAUAAAACGCAGCAGUCCACAAUGUUGCUGGUAUGUAAUAUACAACUAUUAGGACAGUAGAACAAUGCUGCAAGAUGUAAAAUAAUAUUUGAGGAGUGCUUUAGCAUUUUAAGAAUUCGGAUUUAGAUGGGCUACAGCAUUGGAAUUGGGAGUCACAUAGAAUGUCAAUGCUAGCAACCAGUGAUCUAGAUGAUGAUAGUGGUGUUUUGGAUAAGAUUCUGUGUGGGACACCCUGUUUGGAACGUGGGAAAUGGCAUGUUAGAAAUCGAUAAACCGUGUUUUAAAUCUCAAAGAGAAGGACUCUUAAACUGGAUGUUCAGAAGGGACAUUUCAACAAGCCUUAGAAAUUAACUUGAAGAUUUAAAAAGAUAUAGUGUUACUUAAUGCUUUUGUGCCAUUUUUUUAUACCUAGAUAUGCUUAAUAUAUGUUAAUGACUUUUGAAUUUAUUUGGAAAUUUUAUUGUGGACAUGUAAACUUGCUUCAUGAGUAUAUCUUAAUUCUUGAUGUGUGAAACAGUGCUAAUGCAAAGGGAAGUAAUCCUCACACAAACCUCUGUAGAGGAUUGAGUUUUUAUCAUCUUAUUUAGAAAUGCUGGGCACUGAUUGGCCCUAUAAGUAUGAUCAGUUGCCACACAAUAACUUGGAGAGCAUUAUAUUGCUGGAGGCCAUUCAGUCUUCCUCCCUUAAAAAAGAAAAAAAAUAAGACUGUUUCUAUUUUUCUCUUCUACAAAGUAAAGGGAUGUUGUCUUGGGCCUCUUGCUUGUAGCACAUUCAAAGAAAGUUGAUUUCUAACAAUGUAUUUGGGUCAUGUUGCCAUUAUGUGAUGGAAGUGGUUUCAUUGACAAAAAUGCAUACUAGAUGACAUGAGAGGUUAACUUUUGUGGGUAAAAAGAGGAUAAGUGAAUUAUCUUAAGUGUCCAGUGUUACUUAUAGACAGAGUAAACAACCAAAUUGGUCACUAGAAAAUUCACAACAGAUAAGACUGCAAUUACAGCUGUGUAAUAUUCAUUCAUAUGUCUUGUUUUUUAUCAAGGUGUGGGUUUGUUUUCAUGAAAAAUUAUAACUAAAGUUAUUUCAUUUGA